CGCAAAAGCAAUCGAUGAUUCGCACCACAAGUAAAAAUUGCUGAGGAAAACGAAAACGCGAAAAAUGAAAACGCAAUACAGAAAAGCAAAAUUGAAGUGAAACCAAGUGCGAAAACGAAGGAGCUAAAGAUUGCGUGCACACAACUCCCGCGAGGACGGCAACUACGACAACUACAGCUAACAACUAACAACUAACGGUCAUAAAAAGUCAAACGCAACGCAGCCCGAGGAGAAGGUGCUAGCCACGCCCCCCGCUGCAGCCCCCGCGUAGGGAGCCCCGCCCACCCGCAUCUCCACUCUGCUCCACUUAAAUAGAGAUUUGAAAACAACACCGCUGCAUCCGCAUCCACAUCCACAUCCGCAUCCGCGAUGGCGAGUGAUAAGAUCAAAGUCGCCGUAAGGGUGCGACCCUUCAAUCGCCGAGAAAUCGAACUGGAUACGAAAUGUAUUGUGGAAAUGGAAAAACAGCAGACUAUUCUGCAGAAUCCGCCAACACUGGAAAAAAUCGAAAGAAAACAACCAAAGACAUUUGCAUUCGAUCACUGCUUUUACUCAUCGAACCCCGAGGACGUGAACUUUGCGUCCCAGGAGACUGUGUUCGAUUGCGUGGGACGUGGAAUUCUGGAUAAUGCAUUCCAGGGCUAUAAUGCGUGCAUAUUCGCUUACGGCCAGACAGGUUCUGGCAAGUCCUACACGAUGAUGGGCUCCCAGGAGAGCAAGGGCAUCAUUCCACGUCUGUGCGACCAGCUCUUCUCGGCCAUAGCAAACAAAUCCACACCAGAGCUUAUGUACAAGGUGGAGGUGUCCUACAUGGAGAUUUACAACGAGAAGGUCCACGAUCUGCUCGAUCCCAAGCCGAACAAACAGUCGCUUAAGGUACGCGAGCAUAAUGUAAUGGGCCCGUAUGUGGACGGACUGUCGCAGCUGGCUGUGACAUCCUAUCAGGAUAUCGACAACCUGAUGACCGAGGGCAACAAGUCCCGAACGGUGGCCGCCACCAAUAUGAACGCCGAGUCGUCGCGCUCCCACGCCGUCUUCUCGGUGGUCCUCACGCAGAUACUCACGGAUCAGGCGACGGGCGUGAGCGGCGAAAAGGUGUCCCGCAUGUCCCUGGUGGAUUUGGCAGGCUCCGAGCGGGCUGUGAAAACGGGAGCUGUUGGCGAUCGUCUCAAGGAAGGCUCCAACAUCAACAAAUCUCUGACCACACUUGGCCUGGUCAUCUCCAAGCUGGCCGAUCAAUCCAAUGGCAAGAAGAGCGGUAACGACAAAUUCGUUCCCUACCGCGAUUCCGUUCUUACCUGGCUGCUAAAGGACAACUUGGGUGGCAACUCCAGGACUGUAAUGGUAGCGACAAUCUCGCCGUCGGCAGAUAACUACGAGGAGACGCUUUCCACGCUACGUUAUGCAGAUCGAGCCAAGCGCAUUGUUAACCAUGCUGUUGUCAACGAAGAUCCCAAUGCCCGCAUCAUUCGUGAGCUGCGACACGAGGUGGAGACCCUCAGAAGUAUGCUGAAACAUGCCACUGGUUCACCGGUGGGCGAUGUGCAGGAUAAGCUGGCGGAGAGCGAGAACCUGAUGAAGCAGAUUUCGCAGACUUGGGAGGAGAAGCUGGUUAAGACAGAACGCAUUCAGAACGAACGGCAGCAGGCUCUAGAGAAAAUGGGCAUUAGUGUACAGGCCAGUGGCAUCAAGGUGGAGAAGAACAAGUACUACUUGGUCAAUUUAAAUGCCGAUCCGUCCCUCAACGAGUUGCUGGUCUACUAUCUGAAGGAUCGCACACUGAUUGGCGGACGCAGUAUCAGUGGCCAGCAGCCGGAUAUACAACUUUCCGGUCUCGGAAUCCAGCCCGAACACUGUGUGAUCACUAUCGAGGAUAGUGGACUGUACAUGGAGCCAGUGCAGGGAGCGCGCUGCUUUGUCAACGGAUCUGCUGCUGUGGAAAAGACACCACUCCAGAACGGCGACCGUAUCCUGUGGGGCAACCACCACUUUUUCCGUGUCAACUCACCGAAGAGUAAUAACACUAGUAUGUGCGCCUCGGAGCCCCAGACGCCGGCGCAACUGAUUGAUUACAAUUUCGCACGCGAUGAGAUUAUGCAGAACGAACUGAGCAACGACCCUAUCCAGACGGCCAUUGCUCGGCUGGAACGUCAGCACGAGGAAGAUAAGCAGGUGGCGCUUGAAAAACAACGCCAGGAGUACGAGCGUCAGUUCCAGCAGCUGCGCAAUAUUCUGUCGCCCAGUACACCAUAUGCUCCCUACGCUCCCUACGAUCCAUUGCGGAUGGGCAAGAUUACCCCAAAUACUCCCACUUCGCAGAUGCGGGUGGAAAAGUGGGCGCAGGAACGAGAUGAGAUGUUUCGUCGCAGUUUGGGUCAGCUAAAAACGGAUAUUAUGCGUGCGAACUCUCUGGUCCAGGAGGCCAACUUUUUGGCAGAGGAGAUGGAAAAGAAGACCAAGUUUUCAGUCACUCUGCAGAUUCCGCCAGCCAAUCUGAGUCCCAACAGAAGGCGUGGGGCAUUUGUCAGCGAACCCGCUAUUCUGGUGAAGCGCACAAACUCCGGUAGCCAGAUCUGGACAAUGGAAAAGCUGGAAAACAAGCUGAUAGACAUGCGCGAGAUGUACCAGGAGCACAAGGAGCGCGUUCUAAACGGACUGCCCCUUAUAGAGCCAUUCUCAGACGACGAGUUCGAUGACAAGGACGAGGAUAAUGCCAAGCCACAGGAUCCGUUUUACGAGUCGCAAGAGAACCACAAUCUCAUUGGCGUGGCCAAUAUAUUCCUGGAGGUUCUGUUUCAUGACGUCAAGCUGGACUACCACACGCCUAUCAUCAGCCAGCAAGGCGAGGUAGCGGGUCGUCUUCAGGUGGAGAUCGAGCGGAUUGCCGGCCAGAUGCCACAAGACCGCAUGUGCGAGUCCGUCUCAGAAUCGUCUGGCGAUUCACGGGACGAGUACGAUGACCCUGUGGAUCCCUCAUCCAAUCAGAUUACCUGCCGUGUGACGAUCAAGUGCGCCAGUGGACUGCCAUUAUCGCUCUCCAACUUUGUCUUUUGCCAGUACACUUUUUGGGGUCACCAAGAGAUGGUUGUUCCGGUUAUCAAUGCUGAAUCAACGGCGCACGACCAGAACAUGGUGUUUAAGUUCGAACACACUCAGGACUUCACGGUUACCAUAAACGAAGAGUUUUUGGAGCACUGCAUAGAAGGAGCUCUGUCCAUCGAGGUGUGGGGCCAUCGCAGUGCCGGCUUCUCAAAGACAAAAGGCUGGGAAGUGGAGCAGCAGCAAGCCAAGGCCCGUUCCCUGGUCGAUCGCUGGGCGGAGCUGUCGCGGAAGAUCGAGCUUUGGGUGGAGAUCCACGAGCUUAAUGACAACGGCGAAUAUUCGACAGUGGAGGUGACCAAUCGCAACGAGGUCUUGACCGGUGGCAUUUACCAGUUGCGUCAGGGUCAGCAGCGGCGUGUGAAUGUACGGGUGAAGCCGGUGCAGAACUCUGGCACCUUGCCCAUUAUCUGCCAGUCGAUUGUGAACGUUGCCAUUGGCAGUGUGACAGUGCGAUCUCGCCUGCAGCGACCACUGGAUUCUUAUCAGGAGGAAGAUCUCACCGUGCUGCGCGAGAAGUGGAGCGAAGCACUGGGACGAAGACGUCAAUACCUUGACCAGCAAAUCCAAAUGCUAAUAAAGAAGGAGGAGAAGAACGAGCAGGAGCGGGAGAGAGAGCUAAGCUUGGUUCAUCAGUGGGUCUCGUUGACAGAGGAGCGCAAUGCGGUGUUGGUGCCAGCUCCUGGCUCGGGCAUUCCUGGAGCACCUGCCUCAUGGGAGCCACCGUCCGGAAUGGAGCCCCAUGUGCCCGUCCUCUUCCUCAACCUUAACGGCGACGAUCUGUCGGCGCAGAACACCAACGAUGAGCUCUCCGUCGCCGGCAUCAAUUCCAUUCUGUCCAAGGAGCACGGACACAAGUUCUACACGCUGCAAAUCCUGCAGCACCUGGAUAAGGAUGUGUGCUGUGUGGCCAGCUGGGACUCUUCGAUGCACGACAGUCAGGCUCUGAACCGUGUCACUGAGGCCAACGAGCGGGUCUAUCUUAUUCUGCGCACCACGGUUCGCCUCUCGCACCCAGCGCCCAUGGAUCUCGUGCUCCGCAAGCGACUGAGCAUUAACAUCAAGAAGGGACAGACGCUAACCGACCGCCUAAAGAAAUUUCGACUUGUGCGGGGAGAGAACGCCAUCUGGCAGAGCGGCGUCACCUAUGAGGUGGUCUCUAACAUUCCAAAGGCUUCCGAGGAGUUGGAGGACCGCGAGUCCCUUGCGCAGUUGGCUGCCAGCGGGGAUGAUUGCUCCGCAAGUGAUGGCGAAACCUACAUAGAGAAAUACACGCGCGGUGUUUCGGCGGUGGAGAGCAUACUGACACUGGAUCGACUGCGGCAGAAUGUGGCGGUCAAGGAGCUGGAAACGGCACAUGGUCAGCCGCUCAGCAUGCGCAAGACCGUCAGCGUGCCGAACUUCUCACAGGCGGUCAAAGACACCACCAAUACCGGGAGUAUUAUGCGCUUCGAUGCAUCGAUGGAGUCGCUGCUGAAUGUGGGACGAUCCGAGUCCUUUGCCGAUCUCAAUAACAGCGCUUUGGGCAACAAGUUUACUCCAGCAGGCCACAGUCCAGCAGGAGCAGGCGGAGUCAUCCGAAGUCGCCACAGCUUUGGAGGCAAAGGAAGCAGCGAUGAUUCUCCCGGAAAAGCCUUUGGCAUCGCUUCGCCAGCUACUAGUAAGCUGCUGGGUAUGCGCAUGACCACGUUGCACGAGGAGCCACUGGGCGGACACAGAUCUCUCGACGAAGAGCCUGAGGACAGCUACAGCGACUCGGAAUACGCUGCCGAGUACGAGCAGGAGCGGCAACAAAACAAAAGCAUGGCCACGCGAUCCCGCCUCACGGCUUCCAAGACCAUGGACUCAUUCAUGGACGUCAGCAGCCAUUCGAACCAGAGCUACUUGAGUUACACGUCCAGUGCCAACACUAACAUGAAGCAUCUCACAGGCUUGGCGACGCUGAGCAUGAGUUCAUCCACCAGCAGUGGCUAUGGUUCUCAGGCUGUCUCCUGCAACAACCUGAGCAACGAGGAUAUUGCUUCAAUGCGUUCCAUGAGCAUUGAUGAGACUCCAGAUUUCGAUCGAGUCAACUCGAACUCGCCACCGAACCGGCAGGCACGAGUUAACCCCUUCCUCAAGGACAUGCCCAAAGCUAAAAUACAAGAGCAACCAGAGCCGCAGGCUAAGAAGCUGCAGGAGGCAUUCACGCAUCCGUUGGAGCUGCUGGAGUCCAGGGAAAACGCACAAAGCGACGAUGAUGAAUGCGCGCAACUGCCAAAGAAUAACAACAACAACGAGGACUUGGUAAAGGAGCCGAAUCAACCUGCAGGCCAAACGGAGCUGGAAGAAGCUAUACCGCAACCUGAAUCACGAACGGAGUUUGCCACAGACAAUCAGAACGGCAACAGAUCCUCCGACGAGUUAAGCCACAGUUCCGAGGAUUUGCUCGAAGGCGAUGGCAUCGUCCGGGAAGAGUUGCCCGCUGGAAAGGUGGUGCGGCGCAAGAAGUCCAACACCCAGCCCCCGACCAAUGGCAACAGCAUAAAUAACAACAACAACAGCACAAGCCAGGCACCACGCAUCAAUCACCGGGCAUCGGUGGCCAAAAUGGAGGGUCUUGCCGCAUACAUGGACUCUAGCAUUAUGGCCAGCAGCACAGAAGUUGAUGAGGAAAGUAAGGAUGUGGAAGUGGUUCUGCCGGAGUGGAUUGUGGUGGGCGAGUCAGUGUUAAUCCGACCCUAUAACACCAGCGGCGUCAUCCGCUUUGUGGGGACCACGGAAUUCCAACCCGGUGCUUGGAUUGGCGUGGAAUUGGACACACCGACGGGCAAAAACGACGGCAGCGUGAAGGGCGUUCAGUAUUUCCAGUGCAAGCCCAAGCACGGCAUGUUUGUGCGCUCCGAUAAACUGAUGCUGGACAAGCGUGGCAAGGCGAUGCGAGCCUACAAGGCCGCCGAGAAGAGCAACAGCAUCAGCAAAGAGAUGAGUACCUCGAUGACUGGUUCGAUGACACGCUCCAAGAGCCGCGGCGAUUCGCUAAACCUUUCGGCGCGUAAAUGAUUGUACCCAAAGUGUUCGCAUCAGCUGCAGCGCUGGACUAAUUGCAGGCAAUCGACGGUAGCCACCAGCGCUGCCAGCAGCCAGCCGGCGACCUGCCACAGAUUGCGUGCAACCAGCGGCGCUGCAGAUGCGAACAGUCAUGGCAAGAAAUGCUAUGCCAAUCGACGCUCGACGGCCUUCUAAAGCCGCCACCCAGGAUGACAAUGUCGAGAACGAGGUGGACGAGGGAAAUGCGACUCGACAAGCAACGAACAAUGCGGAGCAUACUCCUCAUGCCAAUCAUAUUCUAGCUUACUUACCUAUUCUCACCCCAUGCCGCAAAUGAAAUGCCGUACACUUAUCCACACGCUUCUCUAAGUAGUUUAAGGCGGUGUCUACAGCAGAACUAAUUAUUAAUCUAGCUAAACUAAACUAAAUGAAACGAAUCGAUACUAAUCUAAACUAAGCCGGGUAGGCAAUUGCGUAGUUGCAAUAUUUCGAACACUUGAGCGAGAUCGUAAAAUUUAGCGACCCUUCGAUAAAUGUAUGUGUGAAACAAUCACUUUUGAUUCCAUUGUUUUGUGUUCGUGUAGUUAAUUGUCGUUUAUUGCUUUUCGAUUUUUGAAUGAAGCGCUUUACUUGAUAUAUUUUGUAAUGGUUCUUUGCCUUUAGUUUAGUUAAAUUGUUUUUGAUAUCAAUGUGACUUGGUUAACGAUGAGCUUAUAUGUUUACUUGUUAUUGACUAUAUUCAAUAUAUAAAUCAUUUGUAUAUAUUUAUAAUUAAGACCUUGCAAUAAUUUCGUCUCCAUGUUUCCUUUCCUGAGCUCAUUUUCUUUUUAGCGCAUUUAUAUACAAUUACCAAUACAAUACGAUGUUAGUAAUAAUGAAAGCAACAUAUUCUAUAGAGCUGCGUCUAAGCAAUUGAAGCCUCCCAAGAUUGUCGUGUCUUGGAACUUGCUCCCCGAUUCGCUUCGCACCGUCGCAGUUAAUGUGUAAAUUGUAUUAUUUUGAUGUGAUGUAUUUAUAAUUUCCCUUUAUAUAUGCAUAUAUAUAAAUAAAAUUUAUUUUACCGUAUACGUAGCUCAUUACUUAUGAUUUCUUUAAUUUUACCACCCCGUCCGGAAAGUGCAAUAUAAGUGUUAGGAUCUUUAAGUUGUAUUUAUCAAUGUUGAAGGUUGUGUGACUAUGUUUGUGAGGCGUUUUAAGUACCAUUUACUUAGCACCGAGCCAAAAGUUGGUGUAAAGUCCAAAAAUGAAAGAAAAAAAGCAAUAAUUGCAUUAAAUAUUCGAUUUUAUGUUAAGAUACUUUAAUAAUCGUACACAAAGAUGAUCGAGAAUGUGCCGAAAUGAGAUGCGAAAGUCAAUGAUUAUAUCUGGCACCGGCUAAAGAACGUUUGUACGUAAAACCGUAAACGUAUCCAUCCAUCCAUCCAACCAACCAACAUCCAAAGCACUCCAAAACUGAGUCUGAGAUAAAUUGCAAUUUAAAACACAAUAAGAGCGAUUUACACUUAGAAAAAACCCAAAAACGAAACUGAAACUGAAAUCCAACAGAAAACGGUUGGGGACGUGUCAAAGGUCAAGCCCAACUGGAAGAUCUACAACCAUUCAUCCAGUGUAUACAAGCAUAAAUAUACACCACUUAUAUAUAUAUUAGGUAUAUAUUUUCGAACUGUUUUUCUACUUGCGUAAAAGCGAAAAGCAACUACCAAAAUAUACUUGAAAAUACGUCCAAAAUUUAAAAUCCAAGGUCAAGAUACAACUAUGAUAUAUACUUACAACUGCAUGGAUAUUCAUGAAUAUAAAUAUAAAUUGCAUAUUUACCAAUGAUAAACCUAAAUGAGGCAGAACUAAUUUAAAUAUUGAGUGCUCCCUGGGGGAAUCCCGAAUAAUAAAUCCCAACCAGGGGCAUUUGUUUGAGUAUGUGUGUGCAUUUUGUAGACGCCGCAAUCCAAAUUCAAAUCGUUUGAGCAUUAUUACAAUUCAGAACUAAUUUAAUCACAUGAAUGUACAUAGUGAGUGUGGCAUUAUGAACGGCAAAAUCACCAUCAAAUUAACGCAUUUAACUAGCGCAAAUAACUAGUGGUUCAAUUAGAGGUUGAUUGAGUAACAUAAUCGAGUCCCCGAUUGAAAACGAAAGUUUCGCAUAGCAGCCCAGUCAGUUUAUUUGUAAAAUAGAUCGAGAAUCCAUAGUUGUAGGCAGUGUGCAAUGCAAUGAAAUUAAAAUGAAAUUAAGUAGCCGUAGAGAUCGCGAUUGGAACGCCGACAAAUUGAAUCGUACCUUGACGUUAUUAAAGAAUUAAUCAUAUUUUUGUGCAAUCUAGUGCAGCUCUCAUGCAAUCAGCCCCGCAAAUGCAAUAGUUUGCCAUUGCAUAUAGCAUCUAGCCUAGAGCAUCUAGCAUAUAGCAUCUAGCCUCUCUAGCGUAACGGAAUGUUAGGCACACACAUAUUAUAUGGGCUAUGGGAUAUAGGAUCGGAAGGCAGCCUUCGGAAGAGUUUACUCGUAAGUUUGCGCACUCUUAGAGCUUUUAGCACGGUCAACGAAUAAAUGUUAUUACACCACCACAAUUAUAGCUCGACUCCAUCUGCCGUUAAAUAAACUAUCCAAGAGUUCAGUCACGAGUUAAUGAAUAAACUAAACCAUAUGCAAGAUCUGCUUUAUCAUACUCGCAGUACACAAACAGACGCGCGCGAAGCCAAGCCAUUGUUGAUGAAUUUGGUUCUGUUCGUUCGGUUCUGUUUGUAAGUACGGAUAGGCCAGUUUAGUUCACUCCUCACUUGUAGUUGCGAAUGCAGAGCAGAUUCACAAUUCAGAACAGACUAGAGUGCAGACUAUAUAGGUGUCAGCAGCGGAAACCGUAAAGAUAAUUCUAGUAAUUUACAAUUGAUUUACUCCAAUUUAAGUAUUUUAAUGCAAACACGCCAGAGAAACAAACAACAAACAGCAAAAAACAAAAAACACACGCGUAAUCAGCAAAUUUGAACAACUUCAACAAAGCAAAACAAAAUAAAAGAGAAUAUGAAAUAUGUACUUAUAUCUAUAAAUAUUAAUAUACAAACAUGCAA